CAGACAAGACGUCUUUGGAGUGGUGCCAGAUGAAGUCGUCAGCCGCAAAGUUUGCCAUGUAAUCAUUAAUGCUGCUACCGCAUGGCCAGCCUGAGAAAAUGAAACGAUCCUGACAGAAGAAAUGGUGACUAGCAGUGAAGAUAUUAAUUUAGCAGGAGAUUAAUGAAUAAGAAUUUGACUUGUUUGAAGUACUUGGGUAAAAAAGGGUAUUGUAACUGUAACUGACAUUUUAGUUCCCAGCCUAUAUGCACAUGCAGGAAAGAACUGUCAUAUCGAAUUGCUUUAAAAAAGUUCUAAACAUCCACGUUUCCAAACCUAACGAAUUAGCAGGUUAUAAUAGCAGUGAACAGUGCUGGAACAUGGAUAAUUCUAUAGGCCAGAAUGGAGAUAUCAUGUUGACAGUCUCUGAUGGUCCCAAACCUACGAUGAAGGAAAGAGGUAAAUCCAAUUUAAGUUUGAUAUCCAAAUGUUCUUCUACCGAUAGUGAACAAGGACAAGAACCAGGAUGUUCCACGUACCUUCUAGACCCGGAGAAUUCAAGGCCAUUUAUUAUACAUUUAUCACAAGAAGAAAGACAUAGCACAACUGCUGAGACAGAUUCCAACUUUUCAUUUCGAACUAGAGAACAUUCUCUGAGUAACUGUCCAUUAGAUAUUCUGUUUUAUCACUGGAACUGGGCCGGAUUUCGGUUGGGAUGUUUUGUAGUUUUUGUGUGUGUUCUGGUUGGAAUGUUCUGCUUUGUACUGAAAUGGGUAACCUCCCAGACGUCUCACUGUGUCCCAACCAGAGGAUGGUGGCAAGGUACUGUAUCAUAUGAAAUAUUCCCAGCUUCCUUCCAAGACUCUGAUGCCGAUGGAUUUGGCGAUUUCACAGGACUGCGCUGGAGACUCCACUACAUACAGACACUGAAUGUCGCCUCGAUAAGAUUAAAUUCCAUUUUCAGUGCACUGGACUAUCCUUUAGAGUACACACAUGUUAUCGACUUCAAAAACGUCGAUCCACAUUUAGGAAGGACUUCUGAUUUUGAGGAGCUCGUGCAAGACAUUCAUGCACGGGGUUUAUACGUGAUAUUAGACAUUAACCCGGCUCUCACCAGCGACCAGCAUCCAUGGGCAGCCCAUUGGCAGCAAAACAGAAGUGGAGAAUAUAAAUAUUUCUACGUUGAAACCAACGACACUAGGGGAGAAAGCACUGGUCCUCAAGAUGAAAAGAAAUAUCCAAAUAGACCAUUUGGAGGGCAUCUGUUUUUGAAUUGGUCCCAUCUGGCUGUUCAAAGGGAAAUUAACUCAGUGUUUGAGUUCUGGCUGCAGAAAGGUGUGGAUGGAUUUUACAUAAAAGGUCUAGAACAUCUCCAAUUUGUGCUGGAGAUAGAUUUAUAUAUUGUGAUGAAACAAUGGCGCCACCUUCUUGACAAGUACAGUACACCUAAUAAAAAAAAUAUUUUACUUGUCUCUUCUCAAUUCAUACAAGCUGUAAAAGAAAAAAAGUUUCGGUAUAUGGUUUCGUUAUUGAAGUUGUGUGAUAUUUUAGACUUUCGUUUACAUUUCAAUGGGACGAACAUCAAAGACUUCAAAGAGCAGUUAACUGUGGCUGAUGAAUGGAGUUCUUAUUCACCGUCAUCUUGGGUUAACUGGCACCUAGGUAGCUGCGAGACAACGAGGCUGGCUACGAGGAUAGACACAACGUAUACCUUAACCACCAUGAUCUUACUGCUGACGUUACCUGGUUCUGUUUCGUUAUUCUACGGUGACGAGAUUAACCUCCAGGAUUCAAAAGAUGCUCUAACUGGGAAGGGUUUUCGAGAGGGUCAGUUAUGUCCGAUGCAGUGGACUUCAGCUAAGGAAGCUAACUUCACCAAAAAUUGGGCAUCACCUUGGCUGCAGCAUUCAUCCUAAGUCUUCUAGCCAAAAUGUGGAGGAUUGUUCAGCUGAGAUUUCGUUGGUAAGCCAGUUAAUAGCCACCCGGGACAAAUCAGCUUCGUUAUGGAUGAAAGCCAUUUACGACGGAAAGAGCGCUGUAUGUGAUGGGAGGCCUUUCACGUAUGUUGUUCAUUCUGGCAACGGAAGACUGAUCACGUUAGAGAGGAACUUUCCUACAAAGGAAAGAUACGUGGUGAGUGCCAAUUUUGGGACUAAAUCAGUAACAGUGGAUUUCAGCAAGUUUUUUCCGAAAGCACACAUACUGUUUUCUACAGAGAGUGAACUCCAAAGCGAGGAGAGAUCAUCCAGAUCAUGGAACAGUCAGAACGUUUCCUUAGAUCCGGGAGACGCAUUAAUCAUUGAACCGCGUGCUUAGUUAGCGUUUCAAUCACGAUGCAUGGCCGAGUUCCACCAACGUAUCACCCUAUUUAAUGAUAACGGUUUAACGUUGUAGUGAGGUGUUUCUUGCUGUUAAAUCUUUAUAUACUUGUGUUACUUUUUUUCCUGUUCAUUCUUGAAACAUUA